CAGCAGAGGUCACGCAUCCAGGGAGGGAUCAACAUGGCCGACGCACCCCGGACUGUACUCAUCUCAGGAUGCUCAUCCGGCAUUGGCCUUGAGCUCGCGGUGCAGCUGGCUCAUGACCCCAAGCAGCGCUACCACGUGGUGGCCACCAUGAGGGACCUGGGAAAGAAGGGGACGCUUGAGGCAGCUGCAGGAGAGGCUCUGGGUCAGACCCUCACCGUGGCCCAGUUGGACGUGUGCAGCGAUGAGUCAGUGGCCCAGUGUCUCAGCUGCAUCCAGGGAGGGGAAGUGGACGUGCUGGUGAAUAAUGCUGGAGUGGGCCUGGUGGGGCCCUUGGAGGGGCUCAGCCUAGCUGCCAUGCAGAACGUCUUUGAUACCAACUUUUUUGGGGCUGUCCGUCUGGUCAAAGCUGUGCUUCCUGGCAUGAAAAGAAGGCGACAGGGCCACAUCGUGGUGGUCAGCAGUGUCAUGGGACUGCAAGGUGUUGUGUUCAACGACGUCUAUGCAGCCUCCAAGUUCGCCAUGGAGGGCUUCUUCGAGAGUCUGGCUGUCCAGCUGCUCCAGUUCAACAUCUUCAUCUCCCUGGUGGAGCCAGGCCCAGUGGCCACCGAAUUUGAGGGGAAGCUCCUGAAGCAGGUUUCCACAGCUGAGUUCCCUGGCACUGACCCUGACACCCUGCAUUACUUUCGGAAUUUGUACCUCCCAGCCUCCAGGGAGCUCUUUAGCUCUGUGGGACAGAGCCCAGAGGAUGUGGCCAAGGUUAUUGUCAAGGUCAUCGGCUCCGCCAGACCACCCUUGCGCCGACAGACCAACGCCCGCUACACUCCACUGACCGCACUCAAAGCCAUGGACCCCUCGGGCAGCCUGUAUGUGCGAACCUCCCAUCGUCUGCUCUUCCGCUGGCCACGCCUCCUCAACCUUGGCCUUCGAUGUCUGGCCUGCAGCUGCUUCCGCACCCCAGUGUGGCCCCGGUGAGCGGAGCCUCACCCAACCCUCCGCACUCCUGAACAGUCAGGCCUGCCUCUUCAGUCCACACCCAUCUCAGGCCGUACAGACUCUCAUUCAUUCAUUCAUUCAUUCAUUCAGCAAAUUCUGCCUGACCCAUGCUGUGCCUGGGUGUUGGUGAGAUCUCAGAGAGCCCUCAGUCUCCAGGCACAGACCCCCUCUGCGGUCAGGGCUGGAGCAGAGAGAGGGGACUCUGGGGCGCUGAGCUCCUGGGCUCAGGAACCUGGAGCAGAGAGCUGAAGUUGUGUCUGAGAAGGCUAGGGAGGCUUCCUGGAGGAGGCGGCAUUGUCGCUGGACCUUGAAGGAUCAGACAGACUGCCUCAGUCAACCUCUGGACUUCAUUAUCUUGGGUCUGGGGAUACAAGGAUAAUCCAAGCAUCCCCACCCACCCCCUACACACACACCCAGAGCUGGCUUGACUAAGGGGUCUUCAGACUUUUCUGGUCACGUACUCCAUCAG